GCUAAAGUUCCUCAUCACAACAUGAACAUCUGGGUUGAGAAAGUCAAACCAUUUUGAAAACGUCAAAACUACUAUGUUCAGAAUCAACACUGAGUGAUUUCCGCCUCCAUUCCGCACUACUGCCUUGUAGGAAUUGAUGCUGUCUUUUUUCUUUCUGUGAAAUAAGAAGACUUACAGCAGCUUUGCUGAGGAUAAAUGACUGAGAGAUAUGGAUUAAAAUGAGUCCGCAGCUGAUGAUUUCAAAUCCAAUUGACCUUCAAUCUACCAGCGAGGGACUGGUGACCAGGCCUUCAGACAGAAAGGCUUGUUAAAGUCACAAAUUUCCCUCAUAAAAUGAACAUAGCUGUGUCCCAUCAAACUGUAAAGUGUGAACCCUAGUCAUCGUAACCCCAGGCAACACAGCAGAGAUUUUCCAGAACAUGAAGUCUACAGUUCCAAGAAGAAAAUCUGGGUCUGGAGUUAUUAAAGCUUUCAAAAUCAGACAAAGCGAUAGGUAUGAAGCGUGUCAUGUAUCCCAGAAUGCCAUGCUGUUGAUGGAAGCCCAUGCUCAUUUUACCAAUGGCUUGCAAUCAAAAGAGAGAAUUUUGCUACUUUUUACAGAUUCUCUUAUCAUCGCCAAAACGAAGUCUUUAUAUCUAAAACUGAAGGCUUGUGUUAGCCUCUCGGACAUAUGGCUGGCAUCCUGUAUUCAUAACAUCACAGACAGGAAGGUCACCUCCAAGCACUCGUUUGUGAUUGGCUGGCCAACCACUAAUUACGUAGCCACAUUUAGUUCUUCAGAAACAAAGGAGAGAUGGUUGCAAGCUCUUCAGUGGCACACCUGCAGAGCCAGGCAGAGAGUCUUGCCGAGCGCUAUUCUUCUCUACGUCCUGCUGAUCCGCCACCCAGAUGAGGACAGUCCAGCGGUACUCAAGCUUCUUUGGCUUAAUGUGAACCCGGGCCCCUCCCGGCCCUCUGGGAACCUAAACUAUGCCCCUGUUUAUGUGUGGAGCUUAUUCGUGUUCUUGGUUUUCUUGUUGUUUGUUUGCAUGUUAUCGGCUGUCAAGACCAUCGCUGUGGCAGUGGAUGUGAGCACCACAGCAGAAAAUGUAGUUCAUUACAUUAAGCAAGAGUGCAAACUGCUGCGGGAAGCCUCGGACUACCAGCUGUGUGUAAACUAUGACAAAGAAGAAGAGACAUACACCCUUCUAGGCCAUGAGCUUCCAUUCUUCAUCCUCCGUCAUUCAUUGCAGAGUCAGCAAAAGCAUCGACGCAUGCCCGGCGAGCACCUGCGGGAAGCUUUCAGUGCUGCCCAGAAGACAGAGGCGGCGAUCAAGACGCCUCACUUCACCCUAAAAACUAGAACACACACACCAGGUCUUUUUAAACACAAAAGAAGGAGGUCUCUUAUUGAUUGGGCCCUGAGGAGGGGGCAACUCAACCAAUCAGAUGUCGAGUCGCACAACGCCCCUCAAAAGCUAUUCGGCCAAACUCUUUCCUCUAUCUGUCCUGAUGGAAACCUGCCCAAGCCAAUAACGGACCUGCUGUAUCUUUUGUUCUGUGAGGGUCCUGAGACCUGUGGAAUCUUCCGCCGCUCUGCGAAUGCCAAAAGCUGUAGGAUUCUAAAGGAGCGAAUGAAUUCUGGGGAAAGCAUUUCCCCACAUGAAGAGUCUGUGUUUGUCUCUGCAUCUCUUAUAACAGAGUUUUUGCGUGAACUACCUGGUGGUGUGUUACGUUGUGACCUGUAUGAAGAGUGGAUUGAAGUUCUGCAGAUCGAGGAAGAGCAGCAUAAGCUUUAUCAAAUCAGAAGUUUGUUUGCGCAGCUUCCGGAGGAGAAUUUCACCUUGCUGUGUCACUUGUUUGGAGUGCUGCACAGGAUACACAGCCACUCACAUGUAAAUCUGAUGACAGCAUCCAAUUUAGCCCUCUGCAUCGCACCCAACAUGCUCUGGAGGUCAUCCCAGGUCAGCCCCGAGCUGGAAGGAAAGAGCACAUUGCAGGUUGCAGAGCUCAUCCAGUUCCUGAUAGAAAACACUCCAGCCGUAUUUGGAGAUGAUCUGGAGAGUCUGUUCAACAGCCGGAUAAUUUCAGAGCAGGAAACACGUGACUCAGCAGAUGGUCCAUAUCUUCAACACUCCUCUUCAGAAGACACAGAUCAAGACUUCAUCGUAUCUUCUCCUCUCUCUCCCGAAGUCCACCCACUUUUCCUCCCUCCGGCCGGACUUCCUUUUAAAGAGAAGAGAAGAAUUCGCCCCUUUCAUGUUGAUGCGCAAGCAUCACAAGGAACGUACAGCUGUGGAACACUGGAUUCAAUAUCAUCACAAUCUAGUGCUUCUGUGUACACGCUGGGGGUCGGUAAACUUACCCAAACGCGUGAUCGAUGCCUCUCUGAGCCUGUGAUAUAUUUUGCAACACCCCAAUCGCAAAUGUUGGUGCACUCUCCUGUUAUCCGACAAUCUAGCUAUGAUGCAGCUGUGAUAGACAACCGAAUUGAACAGUCUCAGAGCUCCGUGGGGUUGAGCCCCGAACAACAGGUUCACAAUUCGGCUACGGGCCCAAGGCGACGCCGUUACACUUUCUGGAAGUCGCCACAAAUCCCCAGCCGCUUCAAGCAUCCCGCGCAGAAAUUGGCAAGCAUGUCAAGCCUGUCGUCUGCUACCACUUCCUCUCUCAGCUCGUUGGAUAGCACGCUGUCUCUGAGCUCCGCCGAUUUGAUCCCAAUCCCACAAGAUACACAGAGUCGACCUUUUCUGUUUGGCGCCGCUGCGAGAAUGCGGCCUCUCACGCCAGAGAUGUCUAGGAAACGUUGGACAAGCGUUUUUACUUACGAUGAGGAGGAGAAGGUGGACAUGUUGGAUCAAGAUUUAGAAAUGGAUAAGAAAGAAAGGAAGUUUGAGGAAUCUCCUCAUGCUGCGAGAGUCGAGAGCGAGGAUUCGAUGAAGUCUAUUAUAGCGGAGGUUAAAGCUAUGCAACGAGAAGGUGCUUCAGAUUGUCAGUGUCUUGCUGAGUAUGGAGGGCUUGACACAAAUGCUUUAAAGUCCUCCGACGCAUACAAGACUGAACAUGACGUGGAUUCUCAAGCAGUCUCGCGGGAGCCCUGCUGCACACAGACACUCCCAAUGGCAAAGCAGAUCGACAAUGAGAUGCAGGAAUCCGAGUUAAAACAAACAGCUUUGGGUGCACCGCAAAUCAUUAUCAAAAAAGACAACUCUGAAAGUCAGUUGAGGUGUUUAAAUGUACGCUCGGUAAUACAUGCCUCUGGUGGGCAAAAAGUUAGCAGAAUGAAAAUCACUUUCUUUCCUUCUGCUAGAAAAGUGAUGCUCAAACAUUCGAAGGUCAGAGAUCAGACUUCGAAAAGUGUCACUAUGGAAACUGAGCAGAAUGAGAAGCCAGGGUUCACCGAACAAAAUGAGGCCAAAGGGGGGGAAUCGCUGGAAGUGACCAUUCCCCAAACACUGUUAUAUGGUCAUGACGUUCCUUUAGUGCUUUGUUCUGAAACGCCACAACAAACAUCAAUCCAGGUGAACGCACUCAGUCCUUCUUUUGAAGAUGUGGGCGUGAAGGAUGCUGGAGUCGAUGUUAGCAUGAUCAGCGGUAAUAGUAGUCUUGGCAAUGGAGUAUGCGGUUACCCAGACAAGAAUACUGUCCGGAACGUUGAAUAUGUUACUCGUGACAAAGUUAUUAGCUGCGGGAAUGCCACUGAUGCCCCGCACAAACCUGGUAGCAUUAUUGAAAAUGCCCAACCCGCUGUUAGCAUUAGCAGUGGUGCUGGCAUAAGUCGCAGUAUUAGCAUCUUUCAUGGAAAUUCUAAUCAGGGCACCUCGUCUCCGAAACCAGCUAGCAAAUUUGCAGGAACUUUCCGCCACACAAUUUGCAUCAAGCUUCCGGUAAAUGUUCGCAACAGAGGAGCUGUGCAAAACAAUCUAUAAUCAAGAGAAUCAUUAUAGGUGUGAUGUAAAUGGGUCUUGAAAGAGUGGUACAGCUGUGAGAAUGAAAAGUGUGGUGUGUAAGGGGGAGGGGUGUUGGCGAGCUCCAUGCUGGUAAUGAUGCAAUGAUGUUAACUGAACUGGUAAAGAGAGCGGAAGGAAAAAUGAGUGAAGCAAUACACAGAAAGAUUAAGAAUUAAAAUAAACAGGAAGCAAAAAAGAUGGAUGAGAAUCUAAACCUUAGUUCUAGAACAAUACAGUUAACUUUCUCUACUGACUGUGAUCUCAUUUUCUCACUCUGGUAUUUUUCUCAAUGAGGUACAGUUUUCUGAGCAAGUCAAUGUUAAUCGCACAACAAAACUAUCCAACAUGUUAAGUUUGGAGCGUUGUAUCAAAAAAAUUAUAUCGUUAUUGAUGAAGGUGUCUCAUCGAUAUUGUAAUCGUUUUAUUGCCCAGCCCUAAUUUUGCCUAAAUUAUUAAAUCAAAUUUUAUUUUAUUAUUCUGCCAGCCUAUAGGAGUGUGUAUAACCCGUUCUGUUGUCUAACGUCAGCCAAUUGUAAUUUAAUGUUUUUCCUGACACUAAGCUUUUGUUAUUGACCACUUUUAUAUUCUGUUUUGUGAUGUGACAAAAGAAAGUUGUCAGUUUUGAUCUGUUUUGGUUAUGAUUUCUGUGUUCCUUUGCCUGAGUUCAUCAUUAGUUAUUUAGUCUUUCACUUGUUUCUGUUCUCCCUUAUUAUGCUUGUUUUAUUUUGUCUGUUGAUUUAUUAAAAGAUAUUGGAUAGA